AUUGUCCGACCGAUAUCGGCAUUUUUAAUUGUCGACGUUCAAAACGACUUCAUCAGCGGAACAUUGAACAUUAGCAAUUGUUCGGCGCAGCAAAACGGAUUGGACGUGAUCGAGCCAAUCAACCAUUUAUUGGACACAGUGCAAUUCGACGCCGCUUUCUACUCGCUGGACUGGCACCCCAGCAACCACGUGUCUUUCAUCGAAAAUAUCGCCGAAAGGGAGAUACACACGUCUAGCCAGGUGACAGCCGAUACGGCGCAAACCUACGACACGGUCAUUUUUGCCGGAAAUCCGCCACAGAAACAAAGACUUUGGCCCAGGCAUUGCGUGCAAGACACAUGGGGCUCGGAACUACACAAAGACUUAAAAGUACUGGAUAGUGCUAUAAAAGUGUAUAAAGGCACAAAUCCUGACGUUGAUUCCUAUUCUGUGUUUUGGGACAAUAAAAAAAUGACAGAUACAACUCUAUGCGCUCAAUUGCGAAUGAAAAAUGCUACUGACAUUUAUAUCUGCGGCCUUGCUUACGACGUAUGCGUUGGUGCCACUGCUGUGGAUGCUUUGGCAAUAGGCUAUAGGACAAUACUGCUAGACGAUUGUAGCAGAGGUGUUGAUUUGCUCGACAUAGAGAAAACAAAAAACACCGUCAUUAAAAAUAAUGGCGUUAUAGUAAACUCAAAUCAAGUGAAAGCGAUGGUUGAAGGCAGAGACAGAAGACCCGAACUGGGCUACAAAUUGGCGAUGGAGUUAAAAAUGAGCAGGAAUAAUAUGGUUGAAUAAAUAUUUAGUACGACGUAGCACUUGUUAUUAAUGCUGAAACAAUUAUAAAUAAAAACAUGUUAUGAUAGUUUUAUAAAUGUUACAAUUUUAAUGAAUAUA